GCGAAUAUCCUCCACCCGCAACCAAACAGGGGGGAAAAACCUCGGCCAUCCUCUCUUAUCGUCGUCAUCAUCUUCUUCUUCAUACCAGAAGCAAAUGAGAUAACGAGAGAAACGCCCCCCAAGUUUCACGAAGAAGACGAAGAAGGAUGACCAAGGCGAAGAAGCAGCUGCUUUCCAAAGCCCCAUGGAGGGUGGAGGAAGACGACCAGUCGGACAAGUUCAAGGACGCGAAGCUCAGGGUCACGAGCCAGCCCGGGCAGACCCCGACCAUGCACGUCCCCCGCAAGAAGAGCAAGCCCGGCGACGCCGGCGAGGAAGAAGACGAUUCUGCUCUCGAUCCCGAGCUCCGCUACAGCUUCCAGCGGAAUUUCAAGUUCCUUCAGCGGGUAUUUAGCAUUGACACCAUUGUCAAACCUCUUCCACCUGCCAUGGCGUACAAUGUCUCCAGGAAUCUAAGCUUCUUUACGCGUAUUUUCACUCAGUUCUUUGACCCAGAAGGAAUUGCGAAUGCGCAGAAAUCGCUUGGUAUCGGACAAGAAGAAAAAGCUCGCCGUGUUCGUUGAACAUACGGUGAUAGGAUUCAGCACUCGAUGAAAACCAUCCUUGCUACAAUUUGGUUUGAUCCCGGGUUUCAACUGGGAUGUCGAGUUUAUGAUGGUAAACUGUAGCAGGAACAGUCCUUGAGCUUUCUGAGCUAGAUACGUGAAAUUUUUGUAAUAGACAAGAAGCACAUGCAAUUCUGUACCUUUUCUGCAGGACCUGUUGACACAUGUACUUUUUCAAAGUUGUGUAUCCUGAGACUCUUCCAUUAUUUGCAAAAUUGCUCCUGGAAGCUUGGAAAACAA